GUUUCCUGGACUCAGGAUGGGGGAGGGACAGGCUUUUGGGCCAAAGGUGCGGCCGGCCCUGUGGGGUGGACCGGGGGGUUUCUCCCCAGACGCCUGUUGGGGCCAGAACUGCCCCCUCAGACCUCCAAGGUGGGACACAUCUCCUCCUUAGAGCCCUCAGGACAGGGCCCUGUUGCCUACAGAGAAUUCCUAAAGGCCUAUCCAUGUGUCUCUGUCCAUAAAGACAUCGAGUGUGGAGGACACCAUGGAGGAGGAGACGGAACCCUCCUGUUUCCUGGGGCUCAGUCCCAGGUGAGGCUGGCCACAGGUGACCACAGAGACCUAGCCUGGUGUCGUGCAGCCGCUGGGUCUGUGAAGGGGAGUGGGGCACUCCUCACCCCGUGGCAGCUCCUAAUCAGGAGGCCUCUCCCCUCCACCUGCACGUCAUGUGGCUGUGGCUCCCAGGAUGAGACAGGCUCGGCGCCCGGAGUGGGUGAGUGAGCAUCCCUCUCCUUCAUCACCACUGCCUCCGCUAUGAGCCACCCUUCUUUCAGGCUAUGUGCAUUUCCGACUCUGUUCUCAGGGUUUAACCGAAACCCUAAUGUGGCAGAGUGGGACCCGGGCCUUGCCCUCUGGGCAAGUGGCUCCCUGUGUGUGUAAGGCCCCCGCCUGCCUGUGUGCGUGUGCACGUGUGCCUGCACACAGGGAAGGAAAGUUUUUCAGCUGCUGAGGAUGGGAGUAGGGGCUGGAGCAGCACGCUGCAGGGACGCCCCACAGGAAAAUCGAUGGUUCUGAUGUUCUCAGCCUCUGGGUGCAAAUUCCUGAGGGCACAGGAACGUCUGGCACCCCUGGGCAGCUUGCUGGGGGAAGCUCUGUGGAGGAGGACGUCCGGAGGUCAGUAAGGUCCAGGGGGGCGGGAAUGCUCAGAACAAGGUCUCCGAAGUCCAGAGCUCCUGAGGGAUCCGGGACCAGGGGCACUGGGGAGUUUCAGGGUUGGUCGCCGCCACAGCCCUCACAAGUGAGGCUGCUCUCUGCGACUGGCCACCUUCUCGCCUCUGCCACUUCACAGUCCUGGGGGGCAGCUGUGGCUCUUGCUGGGAACCAACUGAACCGCCCUGGGGCUUGGGGGUGGGGUGGUGCUGAAGUGAGGCUCACCCGUCCGUGGCUCACUCCCACCACCUAGAGGCCACUGUUCCUCACAGGCACGGGGCCAGUCACCUGCCUCCGCCCAGGGGGCAGGACCUCCCCACCGGACUGCGGGCUCUCUGAUCACCGGGAUGGGCCUACACCUCUUCCCCUGCAGCGGCUGCUUCCACGCAGGACUGGAGCAUGUCAGGGUUUGGGGCUGCUGUCCUAGGGGAGUGGCUGCGGCCUGCAGCCUCUGUGGGCCGGGCCUCCACUAGGACCCCCUGAGACAUGUCAGGCUCCUCACGAGCUCUGUCUUGUGUGGCCAUGCCCAGGGCCCCAGGAGGUAGAGGACCAGCGGGCAUCUCAUGGAGGAGGAAGAAGGGCCCGGAGAGGGACCUCAGCUCCUGCUCAGCAAGGGAGUCCCACCCAGUUCCUGGCGUCCUCGUUGAGGCCCCUCGUCCACGGUGCACAAGGCAUGUGAUGUCAAUCAGCUUACAUCAUCUUGACGGGAGCCCUGUGAGGCAGACACUGUCGUCAGUCCAGCUUCACAAGUGGAGAGACUGAGAUACAGAGCAGUCAACCUGCAGAGCCCAGAAUCUAAUCCCUGGUAGCUGACUUGGGAGGCAGAGGCCCCCCGCACCUCGCGAACCCCAGCAGUGGCCCCUUCUAGAUGCCACGUCCAGCUACCGCGCGCUUACACCUGCAGGGCCCCACAAGAGGCCUCCCAGUGUACGCGGGCCUCUUGAAGAGGUAACCUCCACUCAGAGGUCCGAAUGACCCAAACUCGGCUCUGGGAGGCUGGGGACGGCCCUCCAGGCCAAGCGGGGAGCGCGCAGGGCUCAGCGGGGCCCAAGAGCAGGGCUGAGGGCGCUGGGUCCUGAGCCAUCCACUGAAGGACGCUGGGGGACAGCAAGGCCCGAAGCAGGAGGAGAGAAGGGAGCGGAUUCCCGGGCCUCCUGGGCCCCAGUCGCUCCAGGCUGUCUGGGCCCGGGAGGGGCGUGCCCGGGGCGCCUCCCGAGCGGGUUAUAGUGGGACCAGGAGCCUCUGCCGGCGGCGGGUCAGGACUACGCUUCCCAGGAGGCUGUGCGCGCCGCGUGGCGCCUGGGAGUUGUGGUCCAGAGCUCGGCGAGCGCGGGCGCGGCGGGCGGGGCGGGCGGGCGCGUGGACUACGCGUCCUAGGAUGCCGCGCGCGGCCGCGGGGCCGAGGGUUUGAACCGAGGGUCCGCCGUCCGCGGCGGGGUUGCGUCGGCUGCGGCGGGUGCGGGAGGUGGCGACGACCGGGGCCGGGGUCCCAGCCCCGCUGCGGAGGCGGGCGCGACGGGUGCGGGGGUCGCUGCUCCUGAGGCGAUGAUGGGCAAGGAGGAGGAGAUUACGCGGAUCGCCCGGAGGCUGGACAAGAUGGUGACCAAGAAGAGCGCGGAGGGAGCCAUGGAUCUGCUGCGGGAGCUGAAGGCCAUGCCUAUCACGCUGCACCUGCUCCAGUCCACCCGAGUCGGGAUGUCUGUCAACGCCCUUCGGAAGCAGAGCUCCGACGAGGAGGUCAUUGCACUGGCCAAGUCCCUCAUCAAGUCCUGGAAGAAGCUCCUGGAUGCUUCAGAUGCCAAAGCCAGGGAGCGGGGGAGGGGCACGCCUCUGCCCACGUCCUCGAGGGAUGCCUCACAGGCCUCGGAUCCCAGCCGCAAGAGGCCGGAGCUGCCCAGGGCACCGUCGACUCCAAGGAUCACCACAUUUCCUCCGGUGCCCGUCACCUGUGAUGCCGUACGCAACAAGUGCCGUGAGAUGCUGACUGCUGCCCUGCAGACGGCCCACGACCACGUGGCCAUUGGUGCGGACUGCCAGCGCCUGUCAGCUCAGAUCGAGGAAUGCAUCUUCCGGGACGUUGGAAACACAGACAUGAAGUACAAGAACCGUGUACGGAGUCGUAUCUCCAACCUGAAAGAUGCCAAGAACCCUGACCUGCGGCGGAAUGUGCUGUGUGGGGCCAUAACACCCCAGCAGAUUGCCGUGAUGACCUCAGAGGAGAUGGCCAGUGAUGAGCUGAAGGAGAUCCGUAAGGCCAUGACCAAGGAGGCCAUCCGAGAGCACCAGAUGGCCCGUACUGGCGGCACGCAGACAGACCUGUUCACCUGCGGCAAGUGCAGAAAGAAGAACUGCACCUACACGCAGGUGCAGACCCGCAGCUCUGACGAACCCAUGACCACCUUUGUUGUCUGCAAUGAGUGUGGAAACCGCUGGAAGGUGGGUGAGCAGGCUCAGGCUGCCCCUUCCAGCUCCAUUCUCUGGAGGUGGGGUGUCUCAGCCUCUGUGGGAUCUGUGGUGUGAACUGGGGAUGGCCCUGCCCAGCCAGCCUCCUGGGAGUCUUGGGCAUGGUGGGUGGAGACUCCAGCCUUGGGUGAGCCUGUGUGGCCUUCUCCUCUGGGGAGUCUCAUGUGGCCACAAGGCUGGAGGCCUCACCCCCUUUUUCGCAGUUCUGCUGAGCCCUCGUGUACAUGUGCUGCAGCCUUGGGCCGUGGCCAGUGCUGGCCCCCCCGCCCACGUCCUCCGUUGAUACAGCUUCUCUGGAGACCCUAGAAGGCGGCAUGUCCUGCCCUCAACCUGCCUGCCUGGAUUGCACCUUUCUGCCCUUUCUCCGUCGUUAUUAAAUGUUUCUUUUUGCCA